AUGAUGAACCAAUUUUGGGAGGACGAAAAUCUCCUGGAAAAUAUGGAAAAAGAACAAAAGUAUAUACACAUGGAAGAGACAAAUGAGCCACACAUUAACGAUGAAGAAAGUACUACUUCUCAGUUUUCAGACUACUAUGACAGCAAUGCAGACAGUGAAGCAGAUCAUUUGAAUCAGGAUUCCUACACGGUGUGCUCAUUCUACCUGCACAAACCGGUGUAUAUCUUCGAUGAGCAGAGUGAAAUUAACCAAUUGGAGAAGGAAACACAUAAAAAAAGGGACAUAAAAAGUGAUAACUGUUUAUCUGCAGGUGCUGCACAAACUACGGAUGACUUAUUUCUCCCCCUCAAAAAAGACGCUCUUUCAAAGUACAUAAACCAAAGUGACAGGAAACUUAAAAAGGUAUACAACAAAUUGAUAAAAAAAAUGCAGUACCAUAAAAAUGCCAAACAGACAUCCUACGCAAUUUAUGACAAGACAAAUAACUUCCUCCUGUAUGACUAUAAAUGCUCCAUGUAUAAAAAUAUUUGGGGGAAUUUUACAAAAAAAUAUGUAAAAAAAAAAAAAUAUAUAAACAUGAAGAAAGUUUUCAACGGGGAUAAUCUAAUCGUCAAUACAAUCGCCAACGAUAUUUAUCCCUACGAUCAGGAGGUCAGAAAAGUUGUGCAAAUAUAUAAGAGGAAUAAGUUGUUCCUAAAAAAUGCCAAACAGAGACACAUUGCCAGUAAAUAUAGACAUUCCUUUCCCUGGGUGGGAGACAACAUGCUCGUCUGCCCCAACGACGUGGAUCUGUUCAUCAUGGCCGGGUACAGCUCCGUCCUGACGCACCAAAAUACGUCCUACUUAAAAAAUUUUAAUUACCACUCGGCAAAUGCGUUUAUCCCUUUAUACCAGAAAACUCUGCCAAGGAAUUUAGAACACCUCAGCACAAUGAUGUGCCUACUGGUCAAGGCCUUCAGCUCCUACAUGGGAUGCCCAUCCCACGACUUAAUUACGGCUUGCAAGGAAGUGGAAUGUAUAUUCUUUCGCUUUUGUCCGUAG